AUGUCGAAAGCCUCAGAGCAGCCGCAAUCGCCGACCAGCACCGUAAUGGUAGCUGAGCCAGGAAAGGGUGGAAACCCUCUCGGGACAUCCGACUCCACAAGCCUCGAGCGCAUACGGCAAUUGUUCGCGCAGCCAGUUCUGGCAUCCUUUGUGGCUGGCGGCGUAGCUGGUGCAGUCUCUCGAACCGUCGUAUCGCCUCUUGAGCGCCUCAAGAUCUUGUUCCAAGUCCAGAGCGUUGGCCGCAACGAAUACAAAAUGUCGGUGCCGAAGGCGCUGGCCAAGAUGUGGAGGGAAGAGGGCUGGAGAGGGUUCAUGGCUGGGAAUGGAACCAAUUGCAUACGGAUAGUACCAUAUUCUGCUGUGCAGUUUAGUGCGUACAACGUCUACAAGGGGUUCUUCGAAAAAGAGCCAGGCGGUCCCCUCGACGCAUACCAGCGUCUCCUCUGCGGCGGUCUCGCAGGCAUAACCUCCGUGACAUGUACCUAUCCCCUCGACAUAGUCCGCACACGCCUAUCGAUCCAAUCCGCGUCCUUUGCAAGCCUCAAGAAAGAUACAGGCCACAAGCUGCCAGGAAUGUGGGAACUGCUCGUCACCAUGUACAAAACCGAGGGCGGCUUCCCAGCACUCUACCGUGGGAUAAUCCCCACCGUCGCAGGCGUCGCACCCUACGUCGGCCUCAACUUCAUGGUCUACGAAAUCGCACGCACGCGAUUCACGCGCGAAGGCCAAAAAGACCCAAGCGCCGUUGGAAAACUCGCUGCGGGCGCCGUGUCGGGCGCCGUAGCCCAGACCAUCACAUACCCCUUCGACGUGCUGCGACGGAGAUUCCAGGUCAACACCAUGAGCGGUAUGGGCUACCAGUACAGCGGUGUCUUCGACGCAAUCCGCCAGAUUGUCAAGACCGAGGGCGUCAAGGGCAUGUACAAGGGCAUCGUACCCAACUUGCUCAAAGUCGCGCCUAGCAUGGCGAGUAGCUGGCUCAGCUUCGAAAUGACGCGCGAUAUGCUCAUGGGCAGCUAUAACUCGGGCUUCUUGUGA